AUGCCGUCCAAAAACUCACCCACCAACGAUCCGCAAGCCUCUGACCCGAUUGAUCGAGACUACUAUCUGCGCAAGCCAAAACCGCUCCCGUCAGAUCCGGCCACACGUUCUCUAGUCCAGGCUGUGUUACGAGAUGGAUAUGUAGUCAUUCCCAAUGCCUUUACAGAGGCAGAGGCCCUUGAAGCAAAAGCAGAGAUUGAUCGACUUCAUGGCCAGAGGCCACGCAUUGGCCGCGAUUCAUUCGAUGGGUUUAAGACGAACCGCAUCUUUGCUUUGCUGAACAAAACGCGCGUGUUUGACAAAUUUUGCCUGAUACCCCAAGUCCACGCGCUCAACAAUUUCUUCCUGGAUGAUGACUAUCUUGUUUAUAUUAUGGAGACGAUUACUAUCAACCCGGGCGAGAAGGCCCAAGCUCUUCAUCACGACGAUAGUGUCAUUCGGAUGCCCAGACCUCGACCUCCUGUCACAGCUGCUACGAUGAUUGUGUUGGAUGAUUACACUGAGAUGAAUGGCGCCACAAGAAUUAUUCCGGGAAGUCAUCUCUGGGGUAGUGACAGAUUGGGCGACGAGUCAGAAGCCAAGUCGGUGGUCUGUCCCAGAGGCAGCGUCAUUUAUUUUCUAGGCACAACAUGGCACUCUGGCGGAGCAAAUAGGAGCGAUAAGCCACGAUAUGCUGCAACGAUUCAGUACUGUCAGCCCUAUAUUCGACCGUUGGAGAACCUAAUGCUCGCUGUGGAUCCUAGAAAAGCACUCUCGGGCGAGAUUCCUAAAAAGAUUGUCGAUAUGAUGGGUUAUCGCAGUGCUAUCCCUUUCGUGGGUUAUGCCGAUGGACUCAACCCUAGAAAAGCCACAAAUCGGUUGAUUCGGUGGUUACAGGGUCCUGUGGACUAUAACCCUCCCACUUUUGCUAAAGAAGCUGGUGAAAAAGAAAAGAGAAUUCUGAGCAAGUUGUGA